CAAUCACAUUAUAUUAAUUAAUUAUAUUGUGAAGCUGCUCACAUAGACAGAACUGCAAAAAUAUAUAAAAUGGUGCACUACUACUUCUCCAAAUAUAUGUACCUCCUCGUUCUUCUUCUGGUUGUCUUCCUUCAAGAGAAUGUGCAUGUGAAGGUGGUCGGAGAGAGUAUAAUCCCACCAACGUGCUCAGUAGAGGGAGAUUCGUCGUUGCAGGGUUACGGCCAAUGCACUGGCGUGGCAGGCACCAUCAAUUGUUCUCUGGCCCUGUGCGAGAAUAGCGAGUGCCCCAACUCCGAGCCGGUGUGUAAAACUUCUCCGUCCAAUUCCACUACCACGCCGCCGAUGACCUUCUGUGCCUGCCGUCAACAGAAGAGCUCCGCCGCCGGCCUCCGCCGCACCCCUUUUUCCUUCUCACCUCUCGUCGUCGUAAUUAUUGUACUCCUAGCGCAACACUACUUCUCGUUCCUUUAUGUUAUGGUUCUUGAGCGUGUCGUCGUCAGUUAAGUGGCCGGCCGCCGGCACGGUGCUCGCCGGACCCGUCCAUUUUUUUUAUCUCAGCUUUACAUCCUAAUGCUGUGCGUUCACUUCGUUACGUUA